AUGUUACCAAGAACUGUGCUAAGGGUGACAUAUCCCAGUCUAGUGUUACGAAGGGCUUAUUCGGAGAUUGUUAAAGAUUCUACUUUAGAAAAGACACCAGAAGUAAAGCCUAAGGUCAAUAGAUUUGCACAACAAUAUUCGAAACCAGCUACUACAUCCCAAUCACCACGAAAUAAAUCACCGAAGAAACAACAACAGUCAAAACAGAAUCAAAGUAACACUAAGUCACAAUCAUUUCAAAAACCACAAUCAAAGGGAAAUGACUUAGAACAAGCAAAACUAGAGCAGUAUCAAAAAUUACGUUCUCGUAUGGAAGCAGAAGUAAAAAACGGGAAUAAACUGAAAGAGGAAGUGCCUCCAGUUCAGCAACAACAAGCUCCAGUAAAACCACGUAAAAAGAUUCAAGUUCGUAAACAGAAAAAACCUGUUAAGAAAUUAGUCAAGAUUCAACUCCCACCAUUUAUUACUGUUUCCAACUUGGCAACAAUUAUGCACGUUCCAUUAAAUGAUGUUUUCAAGAAAUUGGAGGGUUUAGGAUUUGAAGAUAUUAGACAUAAUUAUAUUAUAGAUAAAGAGAAUGCUGCAAUGGUUGCAGAUGAAUAUGGCAUUGAGGUUGAAGUUUCUGAUUCUUCAAAUGAAGAUUUAUUCCCAGCACCUGAAAAACCAGAACUACUUCAAGAUAGACCACCAGUUGUUACAAUCAUGGGACAUGUUGAUCAUGGUAAAACUACUAUUCUUGAUUAUUUAAGAAAAUCAAGUAUUGUUACACAAGAGUUUGGUGGUAUUACUCAACAUAUUGGUGCGUUUUCCGUGACUACACCAAUAUCUAAAAAGAAGAUUACAUUCUUGGAUACUCCUGGACAUGCAGCUUUUUUGAAAAUGAGAGAAAGAGGGGCUAUUAUUACUGAUAUUGUUAUUUUAGUAGUUGCAGCAGAUGAUUCAGUCAUGCCACAAACUAUUGAAGCUAUAAAACAUGCAAAGAAAUCUGGGGUACCAAUUAUUGUUGCAAUCAACAAGUGUGAUAAACCUGGUGUUAAAGUUGAUAAAGUGUUAGCCGAUCUUGCGAUGCAUGAAGUGGAUAUUGAAGAUUAUGGUGGUGAUACACAAACUGUUCAAGUUUCUGGUAAGACGGGUUUAAAUAUGGAUAAAUUGGAGGAAGCUGUAAUCACAUUGAGUGAAAUGAGUGAUUUUAAAGCAGAACCUCGAGGAAUUCCUGCUGAAGGAUGGGUCAUUGAAUCAGAGGUUGUUAAAGGAAUGGGAAAUGUUGCAACGGUAUUGGUCCGUAGAGGAACUUUGAAAACAGGAGAUAUCAUAGUUGCAGGAAAGACUUUCUGUAAAAUUAGAGGAAUGAAGGAUGAAAAUGGUAAAAUGGUUAAACUUGCAGGACCUUCAACUCCAGUGAGAAUUUGGGGUUGGAAAGAAUUACCAGACAGUGGUGAUCAAUUAUUGCAAGCCAAAUCAGAACAAAUCGCCAAGAAAGUCAUUGAAUAUCGUGUUUCUAGAUCACAACAAAUCCAGGCCACUAGAGAUAUUGAAGAUAUUAAUGCUAAAAGAGCUGAUGAAUUGAAAGAUGCCCAAAGAUUGGAAAAGAUUGCUGAAUUGAAGAAAGCUGGAUUAGACACCAGUGCAUUAGAACAGGAAGAGGAAGAUAGUAAAGUCAUAAAAUGUAAUUAUAUGAUUAAAUCAGAUGUAUUUGGUUCUGCUGAAGCAAUCAAAGAGAGUAUUGAUGGAUUAGGAAAUGAUGAAGUCAAAUCGGUUGUUAUUUCACACGAAGCUGGCCCACCUACUGAUGGUGAUAUUGAUUUGGCUAAAACCUUUGAUGCUACCAUUUUCUGUUUUAAUAUGAAAGUACCUAAACCAAUUGCUGUUAGAGCAGAUAAAGAGAAAGUCAAGAUUGUGGAACAUAACAUUAUUUAUCGAUUAAUUGAGGAAGUUAAUGAAGAGUUGAGUUCUCAUUUGAAACCAAGAGUUGAAAUUAAAACAUUGGGUGAAGUGGAAAUUAAAGAUGUGUUUGUUGUGUCAGUGAAAAAACAGAAGGUUAAAGUUGCCGGUUGUAGAGUUACUUCAGGUGUCAUUAAGAGUUCAUCUCAAGUAAAAGUCUUCCGUAAUGGAGAAGAAAUCUAUACCGGUAAGUUGUCUACAUUAAAACAUGUGAAAGAUGAUAUUAGUGAAGCUGGUAAGGGUAAAGAUUGUGGUCUUUCAUUUGAUGGUUGGUCAGACUUUGAAUCUGGUGAUAAGAUCCAAGUUUAUGAAGAAAUCUUGCAUAAAAGAUACUUGUAA